UUGAAGACUUCACUGACUUGAAACUUGGUUGUCUCUCGGUUUUCUUCUUCUUCACCAAACACGACGAACCGGAGAAAUGUCAAAACAUAGCGUUCCCGCCGGUUUUCCGCCGGAGUAUUCUGUAUCCGGCGCUGUACAGAAUCAGUUGGAACGCGGGGAUCUGCUUGUGUCGCUCCACAACCUGUCAGCGAUUCGGGCGAGGAUGGAUUCACUGCAGCAAUUUCUAUCGGACUCGGUCAACAGAGAUUUGCUAAUAGCUAAGCCUCAAAUGGACAUGGUCUCGUCGGAGAUCGCCUCCGCCAUUCACCAGACCAUCGUUAACGGCGCCGCGCUUCUCUGCUGCGCGCCCCCUACGGCUCCGGAUCCGAACUUUCCGGCGACAAAACCGGACAUCCCCCUAAAACCCACGGCGGAGAAGGAUGAACUCGGCGUGCUCGAUUUUGAUAUAGUGGAGCUAGAUGCGGUAGAGUUGUUGGCCGAGCAUCUGCAUUUCUGUGAGAUUUGUGGGAAAGGGUUCAAGCGUGACGCCAACCUGAGGAUGCACAUGCGAGCUCACGGAGAUCAGUACAAGACGCCGGAAGCGCUGACGAAGCCGGGGAACAGUAGUGUUAAUCAACAGAGUGGAUGCAAAACGAGGUUUUCGUGCCCGUUCGAUGGCUGCAACAGGAACAGGAAGCAUAACAAGUUCCGGUCGUUGAAAUCCGUGGUGUGCGUGAGAAACCACUUCAAGAGGAGCCAUUGCCCUAAGAUGUAUUCCUGCAAUCGGUGCAGGAAGAAGAGCUUCUCGGUGGCGGCGGACCUGAAGAGCCACUUGAAGCACUGCGGUGAGGCCAGGUGGAGGUGCUCCUGCGGGACCAGCUUCUCGAGGAAAGACAAGCUUUUCGGUCACGUAGCCCUGUUCGAGGGGCAUAUGCCGGCGGUUAUGGCGGCAGAGGAAGAGAAGGGUGAUGCGAUUGCCAUGGAGGAAGAUGAUGAUGAAGGGGUGGGUGAAUCGGGAAUUGGGUUAACGAAGGGAGUGGAAUUGGGCGCAAAUUGUAGUUUAGAGGAUGGAUUCGAGGGAUUGUUUGAUGGGUUUGGUUCGAUUGAGAGUUAUUGCUUGCAGGAUGUGUUGGAAUCUCCUAAUGGUUCGGGGAUUUGAUUUUAGGAAUUUAGAGUAAUGAGGUAUAUUUCGUACGAUUCCUGUUUCUUGAUGAUUCUGUUCGUAUGUCUGUAUGUAUUCUUUGUAAUAAUGGAUCAUGAAAUUGUAGUUUCUUUCCAAAUCCUGCAGUAAGAAUCUCUUAUUCUCCGAAUUUAAGUUGCAAUGGUUAAUGAUUCUGUA